AUGGGCGCCUUCGCCUUCGUGGAGUUCCAGGACGAGAUGCUGGCGAGCACCGCGAUGCUGUUCAGCGGCUUCGAGCUGUGCGGCAGGAGCGCGGGCAUGGGGAGGCCGCAGGGCUACCUCCCCCCGCCGAACGGCGAGGCCCCGGCGCUGGACGUGACGCCGCUGCGCCAGCGCGGGCUGCUGCCGGUGGCCCCGUCGAACAGCAUGUGCGGCAAGAACCAGAGAGAGGGCAAGCUGCGCGAGCUGUACUUCGGCAACCUCGUUCGUGGCAAGACCUCUCCAGAUGUCAUCCUGAAGCUGAUCGAUCCCGUCGCCAAGCGUCUCGCAGAGUGGCGAGAGCAGGAGGGACACGCGGUGACAAACGUCAACGUCGGUCCAGAGGGUACCUACGCCUUCGUUCAGUUCCAGAGCAUCCAGCUGGCCACGAAGAUCAUGCAGAUCUUCGAUGGCCAGGAGGUGUUCGGGAGGGUCCUCAGGGUGAGGCGCACGAACACUUUCGAAGAGGCGGCGAAGGGUGAGCUGAAGGCCGUGGAGGCCCUGCAGGCGCUGCUGCCGGAGAAGGUGGCCUCGACGAGCCGCACGGCGCCCUUCCUCAUGCCACCGCCGCCGCCCGGGCCGCCCCCCGAGCCCGCCGAGCUGCCGCCGGAGCAGCUGCCGCUGGACGCACCGCCGGCGCCGCCGGAGGUGCAGGAGAUCUUCAUCACGGUGGUGAACGCUUCGGCGGGCCGGUUUCAGCAGAUCUCGUGCCGUUUUUCGUAG